AUGAUGCAACGAAAUGGAUCUCCACCGGACACAAGUCGUGAACAACCUGAGUCUCCUACGCCACAAUCACCCAAUUUAUCGAGGAGACAAAGAUUACUAGGACUUGCAAAGGCUACGAGGGAUAGUUACAUGCCUAGGAUCUCACUGAUUGCCUCUGGGGUCUCCAGUAGAGCGUUGGGUGGUGACUACUAUGAUGAAAACGGUAAUGUUAGGCUUCCAAAAGAUGCUACUAUCACGUUGUUUCCAGCGUAUACCAGAAAAACUGAAGAUGGUAAAUAUCAUGUCGACGUAAAAGGCUGGCUCUCGUGUCCUGGGGUAAUGUCUAGAAAAAACCGGUUGAUUCUAUCGCUAGCCAAGCAAAUUACUCGUUAUAGCUCUAAUCCUACAACGGCAAAACAGGCAAUUAACGAAUUGGAAAAUGACAGGCUUGAGCCUGAUGUGAUUACUCCAAGUGAUGAUGCAUCGUCUGAUUUGGAGUCAAUAAAUUCUAAAGAUUCGUCUAUUAAUACUAUUUCGCAAAAUGAAAAUAAGCCACUUCAAGCUUCUGUUACAAACUUGUCCGUGCGAAGUAGCACUCCGAGCUUUAAUGAUGAUCUACUAAAAGAAAGAUUGAGCAAUUUUAUUGCAAGAUCUAUUGCAAGUGCGGAGCUAGUGAUUCUGAUUGGAUCUCAGGAUAGGUUGGAUCUUAAUGAAUUAGAGCAUAAUAGUGUUAUCACUGAUGGUUAUGGGCAUUUUGAAGCAUGUGUGGAAGUAAAUUAUGAACCAUCGGUAAUCCAAGUCAAAGCAGCUACUGAUGAAAGCAUCUUCUCUUUCCAGGAUAUUAUGCUUAUCCCCAGUGAAGGAUUAGGAUUAAUUAGUGAUAUCGAUGACACGAUUAAAUUAACGGGUGUCACUGGUGACAAAAGAGAAUUAAUGAGAAACUUAUUGCUAAAUGAUGUUACUCUGUGGAACAUUCCUCCAGUAGUUAAGUGGUACAGUCAAUUAUAUGACCAUAAGUGUAUCUCUUUUCAUUACGUCUCAAAUUCUCCAUGGCAGCUAUUUUCUAGUAUACACAAAUAUUUCGAAGAAGUAAAGCUACCAUUAGGAUCGGUACAUUUGAAACAAUAUACUGGAAGCUUUAUAUCCUCCUUAAUGGAACCAUCGUCUUCGAGGAAGAAGAGAGCUUUGUCAAAAAUUGCGGAGGAUUUCCCAAAGAAAAAAUUCAUAUGUGUUGGUGAUUCAGGUGAACACGAUUUAGAGGCAUAUGCUGAUUUAGCUAGAAGUUAUCCCUCGCGUAUUAUAGCCAUAUAUAUCCGAUGUGUUGAGGAUUCCUUAUCCGAUAUUGAUGAUAAGAAAAUUUUGAAAGAACUUACUAAACUUACAUCCAAGACAAAACCAAAAGCUAUUUCUAAAAAUCUCUCAUCAAAACCUAACGAUGGGAUUGAAAAUUUAAUCGAUUUGACAGAUGACACACCACUUUUUGCAGCUGACCGGUCAAAGAAACUCCCUCCUAUGAUACCGCAUAAACCGUCAACAUUGCAAGGAAAUAAGUUAGGUAGAAAGCCCCCUUUACCGAUUCGUGAUGAAUUAAAGAAAUCGCAUACAGACACUGAACUUGCACAUUCGAAUUCCACGGAUUCUACUUCAUCGAAUGGAAAAGAAUCAUCUUGGAAGGAUUUAACUGGAAUACAGAAAGAUUCUGACGAUAACCCUCCUCCUACGCCGCUUAGAAGACCAACGUCUUUUACUUCCAAAGCAAAUGCUGAAGGCUUUACAACUGCGUCGGAUCAUGAUUAUAAUGUCUUUGAUAAUUUGCAGGAUGUUUAUGAUACACAUAACUAUUAUGAAUUGGAAGAUGUUGACAAAAAAGGGGCUCAAUGGAUUAGAAGAGUUGUCACUUCAUUGGAAGCAUUAGAGGGCACUGACACGAAGAUAAAGUUCUUUACUGAUGAUGAGCAUGAUUUUUUCACCAACAGUAUAGAUAUAGUAAAGGAUUACUUACAUAGAAAUAAUAGUAAUUAA